AUAUAGGUAAUUGAACUAUAUAUUGACCGAAGAGGCAAUCCAUAACCAUACCAAGAAGUGGCAAAGUUUACUAAAAAAACCAUGCACGUUUACAUUCUUCGUUCUCAUUACUGGCAAGUUAACAAAGAAAGACAGAUUUUGAGCAGGAAAAAAUGGCGACAGUGGCAGAAGAUUCUGUGAUCAAAGUUGCGGCUCUCAGUGGAUCCCUUCGCAAAGCUUCCUAUGAUGAAGGCCUCAUCGUUCGAGCUGCAAUUGAGCUGAGCAAGGAAUCGAUUGUUGGCAUGGAAAUUGAGCACCUAGACAUCUCACAGUUGCCGAUGCAAAACAUCGAUCUUGAAGGAGAAGAUCAUGAAGGAAGCUUUCCACCAGCUGUUGAAGAUUUACGACAGAAAAUUCUUGAAUCUGAUUGCAUUCUUUUUUCAUCCCCCGAGUUUAAUUAUUCUGUCUCAGCACCUUUGAAGAAUGCAAUCGACUGGGCCUCUAGACCCCCAAAUGUUUGGGCUGAUAAAGCUGCUGCAAUCAUAAGUGCUUCAGCAGCAAUGGGCGGUGCACGAGGACAGCUUCAUCGUCGCCAAAUUGGGGUCUUUAUCGAUCUUCACUUCAUUAACAAGCCCGAGUUUUUCUUGAACGUAUUUCAGCCACCUGCAAAGUUUGAUAGCCAAGGAAACUUGAUUGAUGAAAACACAAAGGAGAGGUUGAAGGAAGUCCUUCUAGCGUUGCAAGCAUUUACUUGGCGACUCAAAAACGGCAACAAAUGCUUGACAUUCGCCGAGUCGGGCUCUUCUUGAUAAUGGUCUUUUGUGCUUUGGAAUUUUUCCAUCCGUAACAUACUUCUUUUUCCCUGUAUUUUUGCUGUAUUAUUUCCUGUGUUGUAAUGCCUCGUUUUGCAUUUGAAUG